CUCAUGUAUCCUGGCGGCUGGAAUGUCUAUUUUUAGUAUAACUGGAAUAGAAGUCGCAACACUUAGAACAGAGCAAGGCAUGAUCUGGGAAUGGACAUGGUAGACCGUUCACUGUCUCUCAGUGUGAAGAACAGGAUAGUAAAACGCGUUUAGGCUGGAAGGUCCGCAGAAAAUCAAAAUGCCUGCGAACCAGACUCGAACCAGAGCAAGGGAGCGAAGCAAUGUGCUGAACAGACCCGAGUUCAUGUCUCUGAAUCAGCCCUUGAAGAGCGGUAGCGCAGAAGCUCGCGGCGCGGCGCGGAGGCCGUCGCAGAGACACCAGCAAAGUCAAAACCAGCAGGGCGCCAACGCGCAGCACGAGCCCGCCGAGAACAAUAAGGAAAAGAAGGAAUUACCAGAAGAAGACUGCAUGCAGCUGAACCCCUCGUUCAAAGGCAUCGCUAUGAACUCUCUUCUGGCCAUUGAUAUCUGCAUGUCUAAACGGCUCGGCGUGUGCGCGCACAGCACGUCGUCGUGGGGAAGCGUGCGCUCUAUGGUCAAGCUCCUCGCGCUCACUGGCCAUGGCAUCCCGUGGAUCUUCGGCACGAUUUUGUGUCUCACGAGAAGCAACACGUUGGCCGGUCAAGAGGUUUUGGUCAAUUUGCUGCUAGCUCUCUUACUGGACGUGAUGACUGUAGCAGGCAUGCAGAAGUUGGUGAAGCGCAAAGGGCCAUGGGAAAUAGCGCCCAGUUUCCUCGACUACCUGGCCAUGGACAUCUAUUCUUUCCCGGCAGCCCACGCAAGCCGAGCAGUCAUGGUAUCUAAAUUCCUGUUGGCACACUUGGUGCUUGCAGUUCCCCUGCGUAUUUUGCUAGUGUUAUGGGCAGUCCUAGUCGGCAUGUCCCGUGUGUUGCUGGGUCGCCACCAUCUGACAGACGUCGGAUGCGGCUUUGCCUUAGGAUUCCUUCAUUACAGUUUAGUGGAGAUGGUGUGGCUGUCUUCCAACACUUGCCAGACUCUAAUAUCAAUAGGAACAUUCAACUGGAGCCCCCUCUACUGAUCAGUACCUUUUGAAGGAUUUCAAAAGUCGCCAUACGUUUUUUUGUUUUAUUUUUUUUUUUCAGUUCAAGUUAAGUGCCCUAUGUCUAUUUUAAAAAGCGUGUGCAAAUUUUUAUUUUUUUUUUUUUUAAUUAACAAGCAGCACA